AUGAUUCUGGUGCUUAAAUCUUCGCUGAGGGUGAAGGAAUUACCGCUGAGGCGGAGGUUUUUCCGCAGAGAGUGGAAGGGGAGCGCUGGGGCGGAAAAUGGAGUGCUGAGGCGCUCCAGGGAAGAUCUGCAGCCACCAGAAGCGCGGUCAGCAGUGAUGUACUGCGGUCAGCGGUUAUGGGAGUCCGAAAGAAUAUGGCCAAAAACCACACCGAUAAUUCUCUUAAAAGAAUCCGAUAAAGACUGGACACCUACUUCAUCAAAGAGUAUAUCUUCAGAAUCUCAUUCCAACAAUAGAAAGAAACGGACAAUGAAAAAUUCAGGGAAAAAAGGCGUUAGUGAGGCUGUAAAUAAUUUUCAGCGGAUAUGGAGCAAUGAAGACGAGAUAGCUGUCUUGGAAGGCAUGCUUGAGUAUGCAUCCGCGAGAAAUAUUAGCCCCUCAGUAGAUUAUAAUGCAUUCUAUAUUUUUGUGAAGGACAAAUUGCAAGUUGAAGUAAGCAAAAAUCAACUGAAAAACAAAGUUAAAAACCUAAAAAGCUAA